UUGUAAUCACGUCUGUGAAUUCCAUGUGACCUGAACGCAACACAGCUGCCGUACCGUGCGGAAGCAGCUCCUGGCUCCUGCAGGCUGCUGUGGUUUGCCCCCAACUAGCAAGGCAGCCACCCUUUAACACUAACGAGAGGACCACGGUGGCUAGUCUGCACUAACGAACAGUGUCUACACAGUGAAGGCAGCCUGUGACAUUCAGGUUUGGAUGGCUGGGUUCCUGUAGGAACUUGCUAACUUAAUGUAAAUAACACAUCUGGGAGAGAAACCUGGAAGCUGCCUCUCCCAGUCCGCACUCCUUGUAAUCUCGUCAAGAUGUCAGCUUUCUCUGAGGCGGCUUUAGAAAAGAAACUAUCCGAGCUGAGCAACUCACAGCAAAGUGUGCAGACGCUGUCCUUGUGGCUAAUUCACCACAGAAAACACUCCAGGACCAUUGUCAGUGUUUGGAUCAACGAACUGAAAAAAGCUCAGACAUCACGCAAGCUGACCUUCCUUUACUUGGCCAAUGACGUCAUUCAGAACAGCAAGAAGAAAGGACCGGAAUUCACUCAGGACUUUGCACCAGUCAUCGUUGAUGCAUUCAAACAUGUAUACAGAGACGGUGAGGAAGGCUGUAAGAAACAGUUGGGUCGGGUUUUGUCCAUCUGGCAGGAGAGAGCUGUGUACGAGAACAACCUGCUGGAUCAGCUCUCACAAGUCCUAUAUGGAGAAAAGAAGGCUAAGAAGAGGACUUAUGAGGAGAUCCGACCAGACGAUGAGGACUUUGCUUCCCAGAGCUCCCCAGCCGAGCCCCCACAGACAGCAGACUUAAUCCGAGCUCUGCAAGAGCUGGAGAAUGCAGCCUCCGGCGACUCAGUGCUGCGUCAGCGCAUCUCCUCCCUCCCUGCUGAGGUGCAAGACACGUCACUCCUUCACAGGAUCACAGAUAAGGAAUCAGGGGAGCGGCUCUCCCGGCUGGUGGAGGAGGCCUGCAUGCUGCUAGCAGACUACAGCGGUCGUUUGGCUGCGGAGAUCGACGACAGGAGGCAGCUCACUCGCACACUAACAGUCUUCCUGCAGAGCCAGAAGGACGGGCUGACCCAGAACGAGCAGAAACUUGAAGAAUACAAACGCAAACUGGCAAGGGUUACCCAGGUUCGGAAGGAGCUGCGUUCACGUCUAAACAAUCUUCCAGGAGGGCUCUACAACUCUUCAAACUGAUUCACCUCCUGACCAGAUACCUGACGCUCCUGCUACUGAAACAUCUCAACCUGUCUCUUCAGAUAUUUGAUCAGUGACAUUGCAAUACUCCUCUGUUCUUCAUUUCGAAAAGUGUCUGUGUCCCCCUGUGUGGUGACCUGUAUUAUUUAUCUACAUGGCUUUUAUUAACAGAAAUGUUUUCUUUUUCUGUCGACAAACUCAUCUCUUUGUGCUGUGUGUUAUCAGUACAUUUAUAAAACAUUAAGAUUCAAAAUUGUCAGACACAGGCACCUCAUGCUUUGGCUCCUAAGUUUUUUUUCAGCUUUAAAGUGGCAUGGGUGAUGCUGGUGUGAUAUUUUUGUAUUUAUAGUGAUUUAAGAUAAUGCACCAGAGAACAUCCCCUCAGUGUGAUCAUUCAUAAUAGUUUUCAUCGUUUUGGAAUGCUGUCAUAACUUUAUUUUACUGCAUCUCAGCUGCAGAUGAUUGUUUUAAAGCAGUGUGAUAGUGGCUUCUGAAGAGAACGGUACACUUGUCAGAUCAUUAGGAAACCAUAUUCUGAAGCUGAGUAGAAAGCCAUGUCCCUGAAAUCAAAAUGUGUAAUUUUUAUUUACAUAAAGCCUCAUUGUAAUAGGGGCGUGUGAGUCAUGGGUCAGUGUGAGUCAAGUUUGCAUGUAAAUAUGAUGGGAGUUAUACCUGUAGGUGCUUAUGAUUUGUAUCCAUGUCAUCAUGGCUUGUGAAAUGGUCAGUCUGACAAAUUAUAUAUGUAUCUCUGUACAUACUCUAGUUGCUCAGACCUCGACUGGUACUGAAAAAAUGAGUGAAAGGAGUCCGUUGUCUUGUUUACUGUAUCAUACUGCUUUGCGGAUGCCUCACACAGCUUGGUAGGUGCCCCAGUUUCCAAAGCCAAACUUAAGCUGUUGUUUUUGUACAUAUGAAGCAAAUUCUUCUUAGAACCAAAUAAACAGAAAA